CUCCUCCUCCUCCUCCUCCUUCUCACACUCGCUGGAUCGCUCUCCGCCUGCUGCCUCUUCUCUCUUGCCUCCCUGCUUCUCUCGAUGCCUCUUUGCCUGGGUCUCUGCUUGUUUUUCCUCCCCCUUGGACCGGCCAGCCAGCAACCAGGCUCUAAGCAUCCCAGCCCUGCAGUGGCUCAGGACUUGAUGCUAUGAGAAGAGCGAAGCGAGCCGAGCGACCAGUCCUGCAGGAGGCGUCGGAUGCUGCGCUGCUCUCGGGACCUGGAUCUUUCCCCUCUUCCUCUCUUUGCCCUUUGGUGAUUAUUUGGCACUGUCCUUAGUCCCACUGCUCCUCGGAGGAGACGGUCACAGCCGAGAAGAGCCGCCGGGGUUGUGUGUGGGUGUGUGGAAUAACUGCAGACAUGACUGCGUGGAGGAAAUUCAAGUCUCUGCUGUUUUUCUGCGCGGGGCUCCUCACUGCAGCUCAGGGUCAGAAUUGUGGAGGUUUAGUACAGGGACCAAAUGGUACAAUAGAAAGUCCUGGAUUUCCUCAUGGUUAUCCAAAUUAUGCCAACUGCACAUGGAUCAUUAUCACAGGAGAACGUAACCGGAUACAACUGUCAUUUCACACUUUUGCCCUCGAGGAAGAUUUUGAUAUUUUGUCAAUUUAUGAUGGACAGCCACAACAAGGCAAUUUAAAAGUGAGGUUGUCUGGAUUUCAGCUGCCAUCAUCUAUUGUGAGCACAGGAUCUAUCCUCACACUUUGUUUCACCACAGACUUUGCUGUGAGUGCUCAAGGUUUCAAGGCUAUCUACGAAGUUCUACCUAGCCACACUUGUGGAAACCCGGGAGAAAUACCUAAAGGAGUACUUCAUGGAUCAAGGUUCAAUAUAGGAGACAAAAUUAGAUAUAGCUGUAUCUCAGGCUACAUCCUGGAGGGCCAUGCAAUGUUAACAUGUAUUGUGAGUCCUGGAAAUGGUGCAUCGUGGGAUUUUCCAGCUCCAUUUUGCAGAGCUGAAGGUGCUUGUGGAGGAACUCUACGUGGGACAAGCGGAACUAUUUCAAGCCCUCAUUUCCCUUCGGAGUAUGAAAAUAAUGCUGACUGCACAUGGACAAUUCUGGCUGAACCAGGAGAUACUAUUGCUCUGGUCUUUACAGAUUUCCAGUUAGAGGAAGGAUAUGAUUUCUUAGAGAUCAGUGGAACUGAAGCACCAUCAAUCUGGUUGACUGGCAUGAACCUGCCUUCUCCUGUUAUCAGCAGCAAAAACUGGUUACGACUCCAUUUCACAUCUGACAGUAACCACCGACGGAAAGGAUUUAAUGCCCAGUUCCAAGUGAAAAAAGCAAUUGAAUUGAAGUCAAGAGGAGUCAAGAUGCUGCCCAACAAAGACAGUAACCACAAAAAUUCUGUCUUGAGUCAAGGUGGGGAUGCAGUCAUAUCUGACAUGUGUCCUGAUCCUGGAAUUCCUGAGAAUGGGAAGAGAGCAGGCUCUGACUUCAGGGUGGGUGCAAGUGUACAGUUCUCCUGUGAGGAUAAUUAUGUGCUCCAAGGUUCUAAGAGCAUCACUUGCCAGAGAGUGACAGAUACACUAGCUGCUUGGAGUGACCACAGGCCGAUCUGUCGUGCUAGAACAUGUGGUUCUAAUCUGCGUGGACCAAGUGGAAUUAUUACAUCACCUAAUUACCCAGUUCAAUAUGAAGAUAACGCACACUGUGUGUGGGUUAUCACAACAACAGAUCCAGAAAAGGUCAUAAAGCUAGCUUUUGAAGAGUUUGAACUGGAAAGAGGAUAUGACACCCUGACUAUAGGGGAUGCUGGGAAAGUGGGAGACACCAGAACAGUGUUGUAUGUACUUACUGGCUCUAGUGUUCCUGAUCUUAUUGUGAGCAUGAGCAACCAGAUGUGGCUACAUUUGCAAUCUGAUGACAGCAUUGGCUCACCUGGAUUCAAAGCUGUCUAUCAAGAAAUUGAGAAAGGAGGUUGUGGAGACCCAGGAAUACCAUCAUAUGGAAAAAGGACUGGCAGUAGUUUUCUGCAUGGAGACACACUUACCUUUGAAUGUCAGGCAGCUUUUGAACUUGUGGGAGAGAGAAUGAUCACAUGCCAACAAAAUAACCAGUGGUCUGGCAACAAACCCAGCUGUGUUUUCUCAUGCUUCUUCAACUUUACUACACCAUCUGGAAUUAUUCUUUCACCAAACUACCCUGAGGAAUAUGGGAACAACAUGAACUGUGUGUGGUUGAUUAUUUCGGAGCCAGGAAGCAGGAUUCAUCUAAUUUUCAAUGAUUUUGAUGUGGAGCCUCAGUUUGACUACCUUUCAGUGAAGGAUGAUGGGAUUUCUGAUUUACCAGCUCUUGGCACUUUUUCUGGCAAUGAGGUCCCUUCCCAGCUGGCUAGCAGUGGGCACAUAGUAAGACUUGAAUUUCAGUCAGAUCACUCUACCACUGGAAGAGGCUUUAAUAUCACUUAUACAACCUUUGGUCAGAAUGAGUGCCAUGAUCCUGGAAUUCCCAUAAAUGGAAGACGUUUUGGAGAUAGAUUCCUUCUGGGAAGUUCUGUUUCUUUUCACUGUGAUGACGGCUUUGUUAAAACCCAAGGCUCUGAGUCCAUAACCUGCAUUAUGCAGGAUGGAAAUGUUGUGUGGAGCUCCACUGUCCCACGCUGUGAAGCACCAUGUGGUGGACAUUUGACAGGAUCGAACGGGGUUAUCUUGCCACCAGGAUGGCCAGGAUAUUACAAGGACUCGCUAAAUUGUGAAUGGGUGAUUGAAGCAAGACCAGGACAUUCUAUUAAGAUCACCUUUGACAGAGCUCUAUGUGGUGGCUAUAUUCAUGGGAAGAGUGGAACCAUUCUGUCACCAGGUUUUCCUGAUUUUUAUCCAAACUCUUUAAACUGCACUUGGACUAUUGAAGUAUCACACGGCAAAGGAGUACAGUUGGUCUUUCACACCUUUCACCUUGAGAGUUCUCAUGACUAUUUGCUUAUCACUGAAGAUGGCAGCUUCACAGAACCAGUGGCGAGAUUAACUGGCUCAGUGUUACCCCCUACAAUUAAAGCUGGCCUCUUUGGAAACUUCUCUGCACAGCUUCGAUUUAUAUCUGACUUUUCAAUCUCUUAUGAAGGUUUCAAUAUAACAUUUUCAGAAUAUAAUCUGGAACCAUGUGAUGAUCCUGGCGUUCCUGCCUUCAGUAGAAGAAUCGGUUUUUACUUUGGUGUUGGAGACUCCUUGACCUUUUCUUGCUUUCCUGGAUAUCGCUUGGAAGGUGCUAAUAAACUUGCCUGCCUGGGUGGUGGCCGUCGUGUAUGGAGUGCACCUCUGCCAAGGUGUGUGGCUGAAUGUGGAGCAAGUGUCUCUGGAAAUGAAGGAACAUUGCUGUCUCCAAAUUUUCCAUCCAAUUAUGACAACAACCACGAAUGCAUCUAUAAAAUUGAAACAGAGGCUGGUAAAGGGAUCCAUCUUAGAGCCAGGACCUUUCAACUGCAUGAAGGAGACAUUGUUAAGGUGUAUGAUGGAAAAGACAGUUCUUCUCGUCCUCUGGGUGUCUUCACUAAAAAUGAACUGAUGGGACUGAUCCUGAAUAGCACCUCUAACCAUUUGUGGAUAGAAUUUAAUACCAACGGAUCUUAUACUGACCAAGGAUUUCAGCUCACAUACACCAGUUUUGACCUAGUCAAGUGUGAAGAUCCGGGAAUACCAAAUUAUGGCUACAAGAUCCGUGAUGAAGGACAUUUCACUGACACAGUCAUUUUAUACAGCUGUAAUCCUGGCUAUAUGAUGCAUGGUAGUAGUAUUAUGACCUGCCUAAGUGGAGAUCGAAGAGUGUGGGACAAACCUUUGCCUACCUGCCUAGCUGAGUGUGGUGGUCGAAUUCAUGCUGCUACUUCUGGUCGCAUAUUGUCACCAGGUUACCCAGCACCAUAUGACAACAAUCUUCAUUGCACUUGGAUUAUAGAGGCAGAUCCAGGGAAGACAAUUAGUCUGCAUUUUAUUGUUUUUGACACUGAGGUCGCCCAUGACAUCCUGAAGGUGUGGGAUGGUCCUCUUGAAAGCAGUAUUCUUCUGAAAGAAUGGAGUGGUUCAGCCCUUCCUGAGGAUAUCCAUAGCACCUUCAACUCACUGACGUUACAGUUUGACAGUGACUUCUUCAUCAGCAAGUCAGGCUUCUCCAUCCAAUUCUCAACAUCAGUUGCAUCAACAUGUAAUGAUCCUGGGACUCCACAGAAUGGUACCAGAUAUGGAGACAGCAGAGAGCCUGGCGAUACCACCACCUUUCAGUGUGACCCUGGGUAUCAGCUCCAAGGACAGGCCAAAAUUACUUGUGUGCAGCUGAAUAACCGAUUCUUUUGGCAACCUGAUCCUCCAACAUGCAUAGCUGCAUGUGGAGGAAACCUGACAGGUCCGGCGGGUGUUAUUUUAUCACCUAACUACCCACAGCCAUAUCCUCCUGGGAAGGAAUGUGACUGGAGAAUAAAAGUAAACCCUGACUUUGUCAUUGCUUUGAUAUUCAAAAGUUUCAAUAUGGAGCCCAGUUAUGAUUUUCUACAUAUUUAUGAAGGGGAAGAUUCUAACAGUCCUCUAAUUGGCAGUUUUCAAGGCUCCCAGGCACCUGAAAGAAUAGAGAGCAGUGCUAAUAGUCUAUUUCUAGCAUUUCGCAGUGAUGCUUCUGUUGGCAUGUCAGGAUUCGCCAUUGAAUAUAAAGAAAAACCACGGGAAGCUUGUUUUGACCCUGGAAACAUAAUGAAUGGGACUAGAAUUGGAACAGACUUCAAACUUGGGUCGACUAUUACUUAUCAGUGUGAUUCUGGAUAUAAGAUUAUUGAUCCUUCAACUAUAACAUGUGUGAUUGGUGUUGAUGGAAAACCAGCAUGGAACAGAGUAUUGCCAUCUUGUAAUGCUCCUUGUGGAGGCCAGUAUACUGGAUCAGAUGGUGUGGUUUUAUCACCAAAUUAUCCACAUAAUUAUACUGCUGGGCAGACUUGUCACUAUUCUAUAACUGUACCUAAGGAAUUCGUUGUGUUUGGGCAAUUUGCCUAUUUCCAGACUGCUCUGAACGAUGUGGCAGAGUUAUUUGAUGGAGAACACCCUCAGGCUAGACUUCUCAGUUCACUUUCUGGAUCUCAUUCAGGUGAGACAUUGCCUUUAGCUUCAUCCAAUCAGAUAUUGAUGCGGUUCAGUGCAAAGAGUGGGGCAUCUGCCAGAGGUUUCCAUUUUGUCUACCAAGCUGUUCCACGCACCAGUGAUACACAAUGCAGCUCUAUUCCAGAACCCAGAUAUGGCAGGAGAAUUGGGUCUGAAUUUUCAGCAGGCUCUGUUGUUCGAUUUGAAUGUAGCCCUGGUUAUCUGCUGCAAGGCUCAAAAGCUAUUCGAUGUCAGUCUGUGCCUAAUGCUUUAGCUCAGUGGAAUGACACUGUACCAAGCUGUAUAGUACCAUGCAAUGGGAAUUUCACUGAACGGAGGGGCACUAUCUUGUCACCUGGUUAUCCAGAACCCUAUGGUAACAGCUUGAAUUGUGUGUGGAAAAUCAUAGUGACUGAGGGAUCAGGUAUUCAGAUCCAGGUCAUAAGUUUUGCCACAGAACAUAACUGGGACUCCCUUGAAAUCUAUGACGGUGGAGAUAUGACAACACCGCGACUGGGGAGCUUUUCAGGUACUACUGUGCCAGCAUUGUUGAACAGCACCUCCAAUCAACUUUACCUGCACUUUCACUCUGAUAUUAGUGUGGCAGCAGCUGGUUUUCACCUGGAGUACAAAACUGUAGGCCUAGCUGCUUGUCCAGAACCAAUACUUCCUAGCAAUGGCAUCAAAAUGGGGGAGAGAUAUAUGGUGAAUGAUGUUUUGUCUUUUCAAUGUGAGCCAGGAUACACAUUACAGGGUCGUUCUCAUAUUUCUUGUAUGCCUGGAACAGUUCGCCGUUGGAAUUAUCCAUCUCCCCUCUGCAUUGCUAAGUGUGGUGGAACACUGACAAAUAUGGGUGGAGUGAUCCUGAGCCCAGGUUUUCCUGGAAAUUACCCUAGUAACUUAGAUUGCACAUGGAAGAUCUUAUUGCCUAUUGGAUACGGUGCACAUAUUCAAUUUCUGAAUUUCUCUACUGAAGCUAAUCAUGACUUUCUUGAAAUUCAGAAUGGGCCUUACCACACCAGUUCUAUGAUAGGCCAGUUUAGCGGAACGGAACUCCCACCAUCUUUGCUAAGUACAACUCACGAAACACUCAUCCAUUUUUAUAGCGAUCACUCAGAGAAUCGACAAGGAUUUAAGCUUGCAUACCAGGCUUACGAGUUACAAAACUGCCCAGAUCCUCCUCCUUUUUUAAAUGGAUAUAUAGUCAACUCGGAUUACAGCGUGGGUCAAUCAAUAUCAUUUGAGUGCUAUCCUGGGUAUGUUUUAAUAGGUCAUGCUGUUCUCACUUGCCAACAUGGGAUCAACAGGAACUGGAACUAUCUUUUUCCAAGAUGUGAAGCUCCUUGUGGCUAUAAUGUAACCUCUCCAAAUGGUACAGUUUAUUCCCCAGGAUUUCCAGAUGAAUAUCCAAAUUCAAAGGACUGUACAUGGUUUAUUUCUGUCCCUCAAGGCCACGGGGUUUAUAUCAACUUUACCUUACUCCAAACUGAACCAGUGAAUGACUACAUUGCAGUUUGGGAUGGUCCUGACCAAAAUUCGCCUCAGCUGGGUGUUUUCAGUGGGAACACAGCUCUUGAAACAGCUUACAGCUCGACCAAUCAAGUUCUUCUCAAAUUUCACAGUGACUUCUCAACUGGAGGGUUCUUUGUCCUCAAUUUCCAUGCUUAUCCACUAAAGAAAUGCCAGCCUCCACCAGCAGUUCCACAGGCUGACUUACUUACAGAAGAUGAUGAUUUUGAAAUAGGAGACUUUGCCAAAUACAAGUGUCAUCCUGGUUUCACCCUGGUUGGAAAUGACAUGUUGACUUGCAAGCUGAAUGCACAAUUGCAGUUUGAGGGCUCACCCCCAUUUUGUGAAGCACAAUGUCCAGCAAAUGAAAUCCGUACAGAAUCAUCUGGAGUGAUCCUCAGUCCAGGUUACCCAGGCAACUACCCCAAUUCUCAGACCUGCUCCUGGACUAUUAAAGUUGAACCAAGCUAUAACAUCUCUAUUUUUGUAGAAAUGUUUCAGAGUGAAAAACAGUUUGAUGAAUUGGAAAUAUUUGAUGGUUCUUCUGGGCAAAACCCUUUGUUGGUUUCUUUAAGUGGAAAUCAUACUGGACAACUAAACUUCACAAGCAGAAAUAAUCAGCUAUAUCUUCGCUGGUCAACUGACCAUGCAACCAAUAAGAAGGGAUUCAAGAUACGUUACUCAGCUCCCUAUUGCAGCUUAAACAAUGUCCCAAAGAAUGGUGGAACUUUAAAUAAAACAGCAGGUUCAACUGGAAGUAAAGUGCACUAUUACUGCAAGCCUGGAUAUAGAAUGAUUGGCCAUAGUAAUGCAACUUGUAGACGUCUUCAGAAUGGCCUGUAUCAAUGGGAUUCUCCUGCCCCGCUCUGCCAUGCUGUGUCGUGUGGUAUUCCAGAAUCUCCAGGAAAUGGUUCAGUUGUAGGUAAUGAGUUCACUUUGGGCAGUAGAGUGAUAUAUGAAUGUAAUGAGGGCUUCAAGCUAGAAUCUAGUCAACAAGCAACAGCAGUGUGUCAAGAAGAUGGAUUAUGGAGUAACAAAGGGAGGCCACCUGUCUGUAAACCUGCAACUUGCCUCAGCAUUGAGACUCUGCUCUCGGAGCAUGUCAUCUGGAGACUGAUAUCUGGGUCAUUGAAUGAGUAUGGAGGUCAAGUAAUGCUGAGCUGCAGUCCUGGCUAUUAUUUAGGGGGUCAAAGACUCAUACAGUGCAGAUCUAAUGGAACAUGGAGUGGAGGUGAUGAAAGGCAUAGCUGUAAGGUUGUCUCCUGUGGUGGCCUCCCUUCUCCACCAAAUGGUAAUAAGAUUGGAACCCUAACGGUGUAUGGAGCCACUGCAAUCUUCACCUGUAACACGGGGUACACAUUAGUUGGAUCUCAUGUGAGAGAAUGCUUAGCAAAUGGACUCUGGAGUGGCGCUGAAACCCGAUGUCUGGCUGGGCAUUGUGGUUCUCCAGAUCCAAUUGUAAAUGGCCACAUUAGUGGGGAUGGCUUCAGUUACCGUGACACUGUGGUCUAUCAGUGUAACCCUGGCUUUCGGCUUGUCGGUACAUCUGUCAGGAUUUGCCUGCAAGAUCAUAAGUGGUCUGGACAAACUCCCGUUUGUGUCCCAAUCACAUGUGGACAUCCUGGGAACCCAGCUCAUGGAGUGACUAAUGGAAGUGAGUUCAAUUUGAAUGAUGUUGUAAACUUUACCUGUGGCACUGGGUAUUUACUUCAAGGUGCCUCUCGAGCACAGUGCCGGAGCAAUGGACAGUGGAGCAGCCCUUUACCUACCUGCCGAGGUAAGAAAUAUUUCCAUUCAAUCUGGUCCUUGAUGUCAGAAGAUGAGGAGAGUGUUGGGGCAUACACACUCACAAAAUUGACUGGGACCUCAGAUGUGAACAACCAUAGUUCCAAAAUUCUCUCUGAUCUAUUUGCAGGUGGUUUAAUCAUCCCCAGAACUGUAUCUUGUGGAAAUCCUGGCACCCCAGCCAAUGGCAUGGUAAUAUACAGUGAUGGGAUAAUGUUCUCGAGCUCAGUCAUUUAUGCUUGUUGGGAAGGUUACAAGACUUCAGGGCUAACUACUCGACAUUGUACAGCCAAUGGGACAUGGACUGGCACUGCUCCAGACUGCACAGUAAUCAGCUGUGGAGAUCCAGGUGGAAUAGCAAAUGGUAUGCAGUUUGGAACUGAUUUUAUCUUUAAUAAGACAGUAAGUUAUCAGUGCAGCCCAGGGUAUUUGAUGGAGCCUGUCAGUUCAUCCACUAUACGUUGUAUGAAAGACAGCACUUGGAACCAGAGUAAACCAGUCUGCAAAGCUAUCACAUGUGGCCCACCUCCUCAAGUGCUCCAUGGAAAAGUGGAAGGAUCAGAUUACCGUUGGGGGUCCAGUAUAAGUUACAAUUGUGCAGAGGGCUAUCAGUUAUCCAAUGCAGCUAUUCUUUCAUGUGAAGGACGAGGUGUAUGGAGGGGAGAUGUCCCACAAUGUCUCCCUGCAUUUUGUGGAGAUCCUGGUACUCCAGCUGAGGGGCGUCUUAAUGGGAAAAGUUUCACUUACAGAUCUGAAGUCUCCUUUCAGUGCCGACCCCCUUUUAUACUGAUAGGAUCUUCAAGACGAGUCUGUCAAGCAGAUAGUGUUUGGAGUGGAAUUCAACCAACAUGUAUUGAUCCAGCCCAUAACACUUGCACAGAUCCUGGUACUCCACCUUAUGGAAUACAGAACAAUUCUAGGGGUUAUGAGGUUGGAAGCACAGUCUUUUUCAGAUGUAGGAAGGGUUAUCAUAUUCAAGGCUCUACUACUCGAUCUUGUCUUGCAAACUUAACUUGGAGUGGUAUACAGUCUGAAUGCAUUCCUCAUGCUUGCAGACAACCAGAGACACCAGCGCAUGUAGAUGUGAAAGCGAUAGAUCUUCCUACUUUAGGUUACACUUUGGUGUAUACCUGUCAGCCAGGAUUUUUUCUUGCUGGUGGAUCAGAGCACCGGACAUGUAAACCAGAUAUGAAAUGGACAGGAAAGCCACCUAUUUGUAAAAGUAAAGGAGUGAGAGAAGUUAAUGAAACAAUAACUAAAACUCCAGUUCCUUCAGAUGUGUUUUUCAUAAAUUCAUUGUGGAAGGGAUUUUAUGAGUAUCUAGGGAAAAGGCAACCUGCUACGCUGACAGUCGACUGGUUCAAUACUACAAGCAGCAAGGUGAAUGCCACAUUCAUUGAAUCAUCCAAUGUACAACUUAAGCUAUCAGGUGUUUACAAGAAAGAAGAGGCUCAUUUGCUUUUAAAAGUCUUUCAGAUUAAAGGACCUGUGGAAACUUUUGUAAGCAAAUUUGAAAAUGAUAACUGGGCACUAGAUGGCUAUGUAUCAUCAGGGCUUGAAAGAGGUAUGUUUACUUACCAAGGUGAUAUGCAUGGAAAAGACUUCGGAAAAUUUAUGCUCCAAAGGCAAGGUCCUUUAAGCACAGAUGCAGAUCAUUCAAAUCACUAUUAUGGCACAAACAGCAGUUCUGUUGCAGCUGCCAUCCUGGUACCAUUCUUUGCUCUAAUAUUAUCAGGGUUUGCAUUUUACCUCUACAAACACAGAACAAGACCAAAAGUACAGUACAAUGGAUAUGCUGGUCAUGAAAACAGUAAUGGACAGGCUUCAUUUGAAAAUCCCAUGUAUGACACAAACUUAAAGCCCACAGAGGCAAAGGCUGUGAGGUUUGACACGACUCUAAACACAGUUUGUACAGUGGUAUAGCCUUCAGUGCCCAAUAUGACUGAUUCAUAGCCAUACCUCUUAUGGACAAGCAGUAAUUCCUUUGGUGCCAUAUACCAGUUUUCCUUCUUCUCUUGGCUUUGCUGCUGUAAUCUUUAACAUCUUCUGUUGGCAUACAUGCAGCUAAAUUUUCUGGUAAAAUGUGACAGUCUUCUGGGGAUCAGAAAAAGAAUAUUUUUUCGUCUUAAAAGUGGAUUAAAAUGCCUGGCUGCAUCGGCUUCAGAUUAAGGCACACUCUAAGGAAGACUGUCAAGUCAUGCCUAUUUGUUAUAUUUAAUGCCUCAGACUUUCAUAUUUGUAUGUGGCUGGAUGCCUUUCAAUGCAAUCUUCUGGGCACUUGGAUAAAUCCUUUGGGUACUGUGACAAAUGAUAGCACCACAGAUUAUCCCCAAGAAUAGGAACAUUCUGAAGAAAAAAGCUUUCUUGAAGGAAAAGACAACCUUCGUCAAGGUUGCACACACCUACAAAUGCUUUACCAUUGAAAUCUUGUUACAAUUAAAGCAACCUACGGUACAUCUCAGAUGUUCAUACAUAGGGCGGUUUGCAAAUUUCCCAGUCACCUGUUGUAUUGCAAAAUGUUAAUGCACAAUUUUUUGCACUAGUGUGUUAUGAAUGACUGAGUAAGAUACUGGUAAAAAAACAUACAGGGUUUAUAUACACAAUCCAUUGUAUAUAAAUAUUCACUCACUCUUGGACAAGCAAAACAUUCCAUAGUAAGUUGACUUUGUGUGGUAGAGUAUGACCCCCAUACUUUAAAAAAGAUUAAAACACUUGUGCUAUGGAAGAGAAUUUAAUUUUGUUCUUUUUCAUUUUCUAAAUUUCUCUGUAGACAUCAGUACAAAUCACUGGAGACUUCCAGCCAGAAAGACCCAAUUUCUAGUAAAUCUUCAUUUCCAAUAAUAUUUUCUUCCAAAAUCAGUCAUUAUUGUCAGUAUCAUACAAUUUAACAGCAGGGGGGUUAGCAGCUAUUGCUGCUUGCCAUGUACAAAUGUGAAUAGUAAUUUAUUUUAGAUAGCUCAUAAAGCCCGUGAGCUUGCGCUCACAAUACAGUCUUCCCUUUUGCAUUUUUUCCAUUUUUUCUUAUGAUAUGACAUCAUUUUCUGAUGUUACACUGAACUAAAACACAUUACAGUAGCAUAUGUAAACCCAAUGCAAAUUGUCUAUAACAAGCUAUCAUUAAUUUUCUACGCAGAACAAAAGAGAAAUAUUCAGCUGUCUUUGCUGUUUCUUUAUUUUUUUUUUAUUUUUUUUAAACACACUGAUUGCUUUUGUACUCAUACAGUUUGACAGAGAAAUUUUGAGAUUUGUAAGUAUGAAUUGUUGAGAGUAAUGCAGCUAAUGUUUGUUUAGGACUAUUGGUAAUUUUUUUAGGAAACAAAUAUAUUAAUGAUUAGAUUGAUUGAAAUAUUCCUUGAAAAUUGUCAAAUUGCAGGGAAUAAUUAAAAACAAAUGAUAUUUCAUCAGACAUAUUGAGCUCAAAAACUUUGAGUUGUUUUGUACUUCAGUUCUAAAAAAAAUCUAUUUUUAAAUUCUGAAAUCCAAAUUUAUCAUUCAUGAUUAUAAAAAAUGUUUCUGAAUUCAAUGUGGGGAGAGUCUGGCUAUUCAACAUAACACCAAAAAGAAGUGUUAACCCAACUGAUGAUUUCUCAGCUAAUGCUGUAGCACAGAAGAAAUUUCAAAAGUAAUUCUUGAUCAGUUUAAAGAAUGCUACAUCUUUUAGAUGGCAAAUACCAGCAAUACUAUAAAGUAUCCUAGGGCCUCCAGCAGUUAUUUUCUUCACAUGAGUAAGAAAAUACCAAGAUCAUUUAAUAAAUAAUCCUUUUCAGACCGUUCCCUCUUCAUUUUUGUUGGUGGUAGUUUUGCAUAUGAAUUUAUAUUUGUGUGUCACAUCCCAGAGAUCUGCACAUUUUCUGAAAAAGACCAAAAAUGAUCAGAUCAAAAUCUGUCUCCAUUUCCUCCCAUUUCUGCCGCAUUGCACAGGAAUUUACUUAGUUGAGAGAGAGCCUCCCGCAGCAUAAUGGGUCAGGUCAUUAGCAGCUAAACUGAGAUCCCAUCUGUGGAUUCAGAAACCUAAGAUUUUUGUCAGCUUUUGAAAAUUUUGUACUACUGUCUUGGGAGGUGUUUUGUGGUGGCAAUGACAGGAAAAAUCCCAAACUUGAGUAAUUCAAAAGAGAUUAAAAUGCUAACUAAAUAGCCUGUUUUGACUCUGUCUAAUCCUAACUUUCUGUCCUGCUGGCCAGUGAUCUAUGUACAUUGAGGAUCACGGGGAAAGGAGGAGGGAUUCAUAAAAGAAAACAGAGGUAUCAGAAUGAAUUAUUUUACAUUUCAUUUUAUAGAGUCCUGUUCCUGCUAAUCCUUUCUCAGGUGAUUAGCUCUAAAGGGGUAUGUAAGGACUGCUUGCCUGAGUAAACAGAUUCUGGAUCGGACCAUUGUUAUGGGACAUUAUGAGCUUCAGCAUGCUGACCUAAUGCAGUCAAAACACCCUUUGAGAGUAAUUGGGACUGUGUUCUGUACAGGAACUUCAGGGUUGGGCCCAGAUAAAAAACGAUCUCAUUUUGUUCUCAGUUCAGUGUGUAACCCUCUGUGGUCCCUCCUUUUCUAUUAUAUGUUCAUUGCACUGAUUGGGUUAGAUCUCUGACUCCUGCAGUUAUGUGAUGGAGGGUUGUGUGUAUGCGCAAUUUUACAUGGUGCUUCAUCAAACUGAAUCUUUUACAAAGUUGUGGAGCGGUCAAAUAAUGGCAGUGAGGAAAUCUGCUUUCUGAGGUAACUGCAAAAGACUCUUCCCCAAGGUUGACCAGACCCAUACAAUGGGCAAAGAAUACAUGCUAUAAUUUAAAAACAAAAACAAAACAGGUUAUGUGCUUCAAAGCUGUUUAAAACUGCUGCUUGUAUCACACAUCUUGCCUUUCUCCAGGCUAGCUGCAAUAAUUUUUUUUCUUGUGUAAAAUAUUUUGUAAACAAAAAAAAAGCUGUUAUGGGAGGGGGUAAUUGGGGGGAGGUUGGGGAAGAAUGCCGGCAUUAUGAUCAAGUCAAUCUAAUUUUCAUUCCCAGUAUUCCAUUCUGCCAUUUCACUACAUGCUGCUGUGACAUGAAGUAGGUGCAAAAGAACUUUUUGUACAGAGAUAUAUUUUUUAUGAAGAAUUUGUAAAAUUAUUAAAUAUGCUGUACUUUUUUGAUUAAUGUAGGUAAAUUGUUAAAAUAAAUGUUUUUACAAUACAAAAGAAAAAAAAUGUAAUUUUCCCAAUAAUGUAAAAUGUACCAUCUCUAGCUAAUUUUCAGUUCUGAUCCUAUUACACAUGUAUUAAUAUUAAAGUGGCCUGUUAAAAUACACAGUAUUCUUUUUUUGACAAAAACAAAUAAAUAUUAUAAAAAUAUUGUAAUAUAGCCUGUGCAAUGACACCUAUCUUGA